AUGAACCAAGGUUCAGGUCCGACAAGGCGUGGGGAGAGUGAAAGUCUGUUACGCUCUCUCACCUCCAAUACGCAAGUGCGUGGCUCAUUUAAUGGUGUUGGGAAUGCCUCCUCGGCCACCACAGUACCAUUCCUCACCAAUGUUGAAAGCCACUUUGGGCGAGUUACGCUUACUGCCCCUGAUAACAUGAGAAGAACUAAGAAGCGGACUGCCAAAUCUAAGAGUGCUCAUCCUGCAUCGAGCUCAGGUAUACACGCUGUGCCAGCCCAAACGCUAUCAUCAGAGCGUGCUGCCACCACUCGAACACAGCCACGCCGCGAACGUUCGACAACAAGUAUGAGAACCACUGCCACACGUGAGCUGGAUCGCCGUGUGAAUGUAUGGGACAGUAUGGGUGUGCUCACAUCCACAGAUGAUGCUGAUCCGCCGCCACCUUUUGUGCCAUCAGAGACACCCAGCGCUAGGCCGUCGGGUCCGCCGAUUCCCCGAAGUCCUCCGCCCGCCUUUGUGAGUGAGGAUGAAGAAUCUGAUCAUGAUGAAGUUGAAUAUGUGACUCGAUUACCAGCACCCGUUGACCCUGUUAAGCUCCGCGAGAGUGAUGCAUGGGAACGCGAUCGCUUACUUGGAUUCAGUCUGGAAGAGCGUGUAGCUCGAAUGGAAAGACGACGCGCCGGUGUGCCGCACCCAUCUAUGCGAAACACGAUUAGUACUGUCACGACGCAGCCUGAGACAGUUCGGUGGAAUCGACCAGCAGUUCAGUCGGAUACGGUGGAAUUCCCAACGCUCGAAGUGCCCAAAGCUCCUCAGGCCCUCACACGUCGUGAUCAUGGUGAUACAGUAGACGAUACUUCUAGCGAAGAUUCAAGACUGGAUGAAGUCGACAAUUCAGAUGAGGAAUGGCAGCAUGAGCAUGAUGCACUCGAAGCAUUACAUCGACAAGAGGCCGAUGCGCGUCAUGAACAGCAGAGCCGAGAAUCCCUACCCAGACGCGUACCUCCUAUACCAGACUCGGGGGUCGAACCACCAGUAUCUCGUCCACUACCACCGCCACCGCCAUCCCGCGUUCCUUACAUUCGGUCGGCCUAUGACCAGCUCCGAAUGUGGCAGUCUCAAAAUCGAUUACCCGAAGCGUUGAAUCGGGACAUGAACGAACAUGAAGAGCGCCUAUUGCGCCGGAAUGCUUCCAUGCCCGGCCACUUUGGCAGUGCUUUUUCUAAUGCUCAAUCCUCCGUGGCGCCUUUACCUAGACAAGUGCGACUUCCUGUCGUGACUGACGCCACGCGCCAUUUUCCUAGAUCAGAGCCUACUUCAGCGUCGGCGCAAGCGAUCGAUUCUACCCAGGAAUUCGAGCGUAGCGUUCUCACAACUGAGCAUGCAGACAUACCAGAAGUGCAGGUCUCAGAAGCAGUGUCCGAAUCGCGGCAUACAGAGGAUGUACAGCCAGAAAACGUGUCUGAAAGCAAUACAGACCAAGACGUGGCCAUGACAGCAACACAACCAUCUGAGGAAGCACAGCCCCUCGACGCGUCUGAGGGCAUCACUGACCUAGAUGUGGCCGUGGCGCAUUUGGACCAUCCAGCCACUCAUUAUGAAUGGGCGACGCUGAUCAGCGACUUCCUUGGCCCGGCGCGUGAACAGACGCAGCGGACGACCGAGGAGCUCGAGGGCAUCUCGGUUGGCCGAGUCGAAUUAGAGCAUCGCCGCGUCACGACAUCAGGCCAAGUCCGCGUUCGACUUAGUGUCGCCGGGAUGCGUGUUGACCGGUGCGGAAUUUGUCUCGAGCAGUUCCGCGAAGGACAACUUGCUUGUAUAUUACCUUGUUUUCACAUGUGCGUAUUGUUUAUGACUGACCACAGCUUCCACAACCAUUGUACUAUAGAACUACUGCGCCAUGCUCAACAAUGUCCAGUGUGUCGUCGGGACAUACUACGCAGUUAA